CCGAGCCAGCAGCGCGUUCACGGUACCGGCACACUGGCUGCAUGAUGGCCGAGGGAGGCGGACCCGAGUCGGGUAACGCGGCGGACUCCGACUCGGAGCCGGUUGCCGCACAAACGCCAACACCUUCCACGGAGUCUCAAAAACAGACUAUAGGGUUACUUCUGAAAAGAACUCUGCGAAAGGGUGACGAAUGGUAUCUAAUAGACAGCCGGUGGUUCAAGCAAUGGAAGAAGUAUGUCGGGUUCGACAGCUGGGACAUGUACAAUGUUGGAGAACGCAGCCUCUAUCCAGGACCGAUUGAUAACUCUGGACUAUUUUCAGAUCAGGAGACUCAGGCCCUGAAAGAGCACCUGAUAGAUGAGCUGGACUAUGUCCUUGUUCCCACUGAGGCUUGGAAUAAGCUUCUCAGCUGGUACAGCUGUCUUGAUGGCCAGAGACCCAUCGUCAGAAAGGUGGUUGAACAUGGCAUGUUUGUCAAGCACUGCAAGGUGGAAGUCUAUCUGCUGGAGCUUAAUCUGUGCGAGAAUGACAACAUGGACAAUGUGGUCACACGUCACUUCAGUAAAGCUGAUACAAUAGAUACUAUUGAAAAGGAGAUGAGGACCCUGUUCAACAUCCCAUCGGAGAAGGAAACCAGGCUCUGGAACAAAUACAUGAGCAACACCUACGAGCAGUUGAACAAACCGGACAGCACUGUACAGGAUGCCGGUCUCUUCCAGGGACAGGUUCUUGUAAUUGAGCUGAAGAAUGAGGAUGGGACAUGGCCCAGACAAGCCUCCUAUUCAAAAUCAAGUACAACCCCAUCCAGGAACUUCACUACCUCCCCAAAACUCUCCACCAACUCAUCCGUCAGUAUCUCCUCAACAGUAACCAAUGGAGACAGCAACUGUAGCCCUGGAUAUACACUCAACAACAGCACCUCCUCCUCCUCCAGCAGAUUUGGGGGCUAUAAUUCCUACAGCUCCUCCUACAACUACAGAGAGUCACAGUCACAGCCCGGCCUGUGUGGUCUCAGUAAUUUGGGCAAUACCUGCUUCAUGAACUCUGCCCUCCAGUGCCUCAGCAACGCGUCUCCACUCACAGAAUACUUCCUCAAUGACCAGUACGAGGCAGAGAUUAACCGGGAGAAUCCGCUGGGAAUGAGGGGCGAGAUUGCCGAGGCUUAUGCAGAUCUGGUAAAGCAGAUGUGGCUGAGCCGCAGCAGCUAUGUGGCCCCGCGAACCUUCAAAACGCAGGUCGGUCGCUUUGCUCCCCAAUUUUCAGGAUAUCAGCAGCAAGACUCGCAGGAGCUGUUGGCCUUCCUGCUCGAUGGUCUCCAUGAAGAUCUGAACCGUGUCAAGAAGAAGCCUUAUCUGGCCCUGAGGGAUGCAGAGGGCCGUCCAGAUGAGAUAGUUGCCAAGGAAGCCUGGACAAACCACCGAUUGCGCAACGACUCGAUAAUCGUUGACAUUUUCCACGGCCUCUUCAAAUCCACACUGGUGUGCCCGGAGUGCUCCAAGGUGUCGGUGACCUUUGACCCUUUCUGCUACCUCACUCUGCCUCUGCCCAUGAAGAAGGACCGUACAAUGGAGGUUUUCCUGGUGCGAUCGGACCCUCAGUCAAGACCCACGCAAUAUCGAGUAGUGGUCCCCAAAAUGGGCUCAGUAACAGACCUGUGCAGCGCCUUGUCCAAACUCUGUGGAAUCCCUCCAGAAAAUAUGGUGGUGGCAGAUGUUUACAAUCACAGGUUCCAUAAGAUAUACAGGCGAGAUGAUGGCCUCAACCAAAUAAUGGAGAAAGACGACAUCUUUGUGUACGAGGUCCAGGAGGAGGACAGCGAGAAGAUGAACCUGCCUGUGUAUUUCAGAGAGCGCCACUCCAAACAUGCUGGAAGCUCCACCAGCACCAUGCUGUUCGGCCAGCCUUUACUCAUCACCGUGCCCAGACAGAACCUCAUAGCAGACGUUCUUUAUGAUAAGAUUCUUGAGAGGAUUGGACGCUAUGUGAAACAAUCCCAGAGCCCCAACAGUGAAAGCAGGGCGUCCGCCUCAGCCACCUUCGCCAGCUGCAGCCAGGCCCCCGAAUGUUCCACGUCUUCGACUCUCAGUGCCGGCCUGGGAGGCUGCGGCAGCCCCCUGUCAGACGGGGCUUCCUGCAGUGCGAGCUCCAGUAAUGGCAGCAACCACUCAGGGACCUGCAAUGAGACUAAUGGGCUGUACGAUGGUGAGGAGGAGGCCAUGGACCACCAGGUGAGUCCAGAGCCAGAGAACGGACAGUCCGAAGAGGAGGAGGAGACCUCCGACCUGGACAAUGGCUCCAAGGAAGACACGGCCAAACUCUUCACUUUCAGCAUCGUCAACUCCUACGGAACGGCCAACAUCAGCCCGCUGCCUUGCGAUGGAAACGUCCUCAAACUUAACCCACAUUCCACCGUGGCCAUCGACUGGGACGCCGAGUCCAAGAAACUGUGCUACGACGAACAGGAAGCGGAGGCUUAUGAGAAGCACGAAAGCAUGCUGCAGCCCCAGAAAAAGAAGGCCACCGUGGCUCUGAGAGAAUGCAUUGAGCUGUUUACAACCAUGGAGACGCUGGGAGAGCAUGACCCAUGGUAUUGUCCAACAUGUAAGAAGCACCAACAGGCCACAAAGAAGUUUGACCUGUGGUCGCUGCCGCGCAUUCUGGUCGUCCACCUAAAGCGUUUCUCCUAUAACCGAUGUUGGAGGGACAAGCUGGACACCGUGGUCGACUUCCCCAUCAGGGACCUGAACAUGUCGGAGUUCGUGUGUGACCCGAAGGCGGACCCCUACGUCUACGACCUCAUUGCCGUGUCAAACCACUAUGGAGGAAUGGGAGGGGGUCACUAUACGGCUUACGGCAAGAAUAAAGUGGAUGGAAAGUGGUAUUACUUCGACGACAGCAGCGUCUCGUCAGCCUCAGAGGACCAGAUUGUGACUAAAGCAGCCUACGUGCUGUUCUAUCAGCGCAGAGACCAGGAGUCUCCCUCCAAGCCUCAGCCCUCGGCCUCGUUGGGAGGGGCUCCCGAACCCGCCGACGACCACAUGGACACAAACUGAGGGGCCGCGCCGAAUCGCAUAUGGCAAAUAAAGACACUCGGAUGCGCACACACAUACACAAACACACACACACACACACACACAUCAAGCUACUUUAGUGAAAGAAGAUUCCACGGACUAAACAUCAUUAAUCCCACUUUCCCCCGUAUUUCAUUUGAUUUCUGUCGUGUUUGCUGUCGACUAGACGAGCGAAGAGACUUCCUCCCCGCAGCCGGUGGCCUGCCGACCUCUCACCAUCAUUGACCAGUCCCGGGACUAAGAGUGUGAACAGAUCCAGAUCCUGUUUGUGGACGAACAGAAUGUCAGAGUGCCGUCAUGCAUGUAGAUAAACAGACGUCUCCGUUUCCCACAACAACCGUCAGAACUAUAGAAAGCCAAAUGCACAUGUUUCAACCAAAGCGUUCCAGGGUGUUUCUGAUCAGCUGAGAUGCGAGCAGGUCCUGAGGCCACGCCUGCAGUUAUCUCCAAAAUUCUGGCUGUGCAGACGUUCAGGCCGAGUCCCGGCAGUGGUGAGCGAACAGAGCAAUACAGAAAGCUGCCAGCAGCUCCGGGCCUGCUGGAUCUGUCACAAUCCAGAACACAGAGGAGGAUGGCUCUCAUUACCAGGCUUUUUUUUUUUAUCAUAACAUCUGGUUGUUGGUUCAUGUUUUCAGCCUUCUUCAUAUUCAGCCAUCCUUUUUUUUUUUUUUUUAAAUUUUCAUUUGUGUAAUGCACAGCACGGGCUUUGUUUUCUCUUGGGCCCUUAACUGACGAGAGGAGUUUUACCCUGCUAGUAUUAUUUUUUUUUCUAAUCACAUUGAAAUAGCGGCCUUUCGAUUCCUGCAACCUGACCAAAAGGGGGCACUUUGAAUUCUCCAGGACUGCAUCAUCUACCUGCUUCUGGUGUGUCUCGAUGUGACGGAGCCGUGUGAUCAGACCUCGGCGGUCUGUCUUGAGCUCCAGCAUCAUUUUAAUGUGUCUUUUUAAGCAUUAUCUGAUUGCUGCCUGAAUCGGACCCCCGGCUCUCCUCCCAACAGCUUGUCCUGACGACUCGUGUACAUUAACGCAGCUCUGUAUCCAAACGGCGAUGUUUAUUUGAUAUCUUCAAAGCACACUGAGUGAAGCGAAAUAAACUAGAAUAAAAGUGGUGCUUUAUUGACAAUACUUGAACUCGCUCUUUAUCGGAGGCCCGAUCUCCGCAUGCCAUCAGAUAGAGGGGGGCAGGAACAGCAGUACCUUAAACGCCAUUCUCACUAAGCGCCGGCGGCUUUUCUUGCUGUGAUCUUAGUAUUCAGCUGUUGAGUAGAAAACAUCAGAAGUCCCUCCAUUCUCUUCAGAUUUAAAAAAAAAAAGUUACAACAGCUAUCUGGAAUGUGAGGGACUGAUUAAGAAUUAGAUUGCUUUUUCUUGUUAGUGAAACAUUCUGUUUGGUAAUGGCGUGUGAACAGGGCGGGGCCUCAGCGUGCCGUGGCUGCCGGUUGGCCCUGUCCCCCAAACCUAAAUAUAUUCAUUCAUGCCUUUGAAUAGAGAAGCUUUACUUCAUAUCUGUAAUCCAGACUUAAGUGAAAAUUCAGCUGUAUAAAUCCAAAUCUUUUCUCCCCACCCUGAAAAAAAAAAGAAAAACACAACAGCAAAUCAAUAAAAUUGAGGAAGAUGUAAAUAACCACACUAUUAUAAAUAGGUGUAUAAAUUCUUGUCCUCAUAUUUAUCUUAUUGCUGGUAUCUGCAGUUUCUUUUUGUUUUUAAAAUGAGAAUUAUUUGAAUUCACCAGGACAAUAAAGACUGGAAGCCUCA